UAUCCAUCCAACGGUCGUAGUUGGGUUUAUGGCCGAGAGUUAGCAGUGAUGAAUUAGAAUGUUGAGAACUCGGGAAGUUUGGAUCUUGCGUGCAUAAAUUGUCGCCAUGUAUUUUUUGUGACUUUUAAUAGAUAAUUUGCAUACUGAAUUUUGUACGUUACAACGUCUGACCAGCAAGAAUUCCUUUCAUGUUCCUUGGUCCAAUAGUUGCAAAUGCUGUAUCUGUAGAAUGUGACAUAUUCUAACUGUGGAAAUAGAACAACGGAAUACAAAAAUGAACUCGCCACGCACACCCCAGAAAACACUGAGUGUUGAACUCAGAAAUAUUAUCAAUGAUAGGAAUAUUUUGACUACAAGAACAAGAAUGAAAGUUUUGAGCGCCUUGGACGAUAUUAACAAAGAAAGCACUAUUGAGAGGGAGAAAAAUUUGAGAGCUCAAGCUGUCCAAGAAAUUCUGAUGUCUGAAGUCGCUUAUUUGCACCAGCUUGAGCUUAUCAUGCAGUUUUUUAUGCUCCCGAUGAAUGAAAAGAAGAUUAUCACCCAUGCAUCGUAUAUUGCACUGUUUGGGAACAUUGAAACGAUUUACAAUGUCAAUGGAGAACUACUGAGGGAGUUGAAGCAAGAUCCGGACAAUGUAGCGAGAGCGUUUUACAAGCUGGCUCCAUUUUUUAAACUAUAUUCGGUUUAUGCUUACGACUAUAAACAAGCAUUAAUGCUACUGCAGGGCACUCAGAAAAACGAUCAGGAGGUAAGGAACUUCAUAAUAAAACAAGAGACCCGGCCUGAGGUUGGUAGGAAAUUGUCAUCCUUACUGAUUACUCCGAUCCAAAGAAUACCUAGGUAUAGGCUGCUUCUGAAGGAAGUUCUUCAGCAUACUUCUACCAAGGAUAAGGAUUACAAAAUUCUACAAGCAUCGUUAGCUGAAGUCGAAAAAGCAGCAGCACACAUCAACGCCUUGGUUGCUGAGCAUGAAGAUAUGCAGAAACUAUUGGAAUUUCAAAAGCACAUUAACGGAACACUCAAUCUGGUAAAACCAGGUCGAAAAUUGAUAAGGCAAGGAGCACUGAUGCGCGUUUCCAGAGGCGGUAGUGCUUCGUAUCGAAGGCACUUCGUACUAUUGAGUGAUACCUUAUUGUAUUGCAAAGGAGAUCCUGAAAGUUCGUUGACAGUAUGUUGUUUACUACCGUUAAACAAGUGCACUAUACAAAGGGUACUCAGUGGUGGGUUAUUUAGGGUCACCUGCUUGCAAGAAAGCUUGUUACUCUAUUCUGAAAAUGGGGAUAGCGAAGAUUGGAUUAAAUCGUUACAGGAGACAGUGAAAAAGUACAUUGAAUGUCGCCAGACAUUGAGGAAAGAUAGCAGCUCAAGAAGACCUCUUCGUAAGAAUCAAAUAAAUGAAUUCCCAUCUGAAAGUAUUCCUACAAAGCGAUUUAAAAGAAAACGGUCUACAGAAGAUAAAUCAGUAUUGGAGGAUCCAAAUCUUUCUACUAUAAUAUACAUAAAUCGCGAUCGUGAGGGUGAAGGAAAUAAUGAUGAUGAAGGAGAUUGCUUUUGGUUUCGACGAUUUAAAAGACUGAGGAGAAACGAUACUGGCAACAAAGAAGAUAGAAAAUCAUGGAUGGAAAAGCUUAUUUUUAAGGAAUCAAAGGCGUGCAAUGUAGAACAAGAAACGGAUCCUUACUUGGACUCUCUCUAUCCGCUACGUUACAGUAAUUCGGACAAACCUGACAUCAAGCAAAGGAAUCCAAUAGACCUUACAACUAUUGCAUGCAGUAGUGGACCAAGACUGAGGCUCAAUGAUUGCGGAGAUUCACUGUUGACCACAAAUUUAGAUGCAAUCGAAGAGGUUCCAGAUUCACCAACGCACAUAAAAAAAAACCUUCAGUCUUCUGGUAGCAGUUCUACUCAAAACUCGCCGCAGCAAGAGUGGUCUUCCAUGAAACUUGUGUCCCAAUUCAUAUUAGGUGUUGGUUCAUCCCUAAGAGAUUUGUUUAGAUUAAAGUAGUUCAGGUAUAUGCUUGUUAAUGAUGGGAAAGAAAAGGAGUUCUGCCUGAUUUUUUUUUUUGUACAGCAUAUGGAUAAUGUCUUAAUUUGAUGUAAUUAUUUUUUUAGAUGUUGAAAAUAUAAGGUUUGCAAGGAAUGCAUUUCGAAAAUCCCAUUUAUAUGCCACUAGUAUGUUUUAUAUACGACUUUGUUUUAGCAAUUACUGUUGAAAUUAUCCGUAUUCCUAUGUGAGUGACUAUCGUGAGAAAAAAUUAUGAUGAUAGAAUUUCUUUUCAUAGCUGAAAGUGUGCAAACUGUUUAAAGUUAAGCAUAGCUGAUAUUAUGAUGAAAAGACUGAAUAAGAUAUGUAUUUUUAACCAACCCUGAGACUACUUGUAGAUACGUAAUUAUGUGAGUGUACGCAAAUAUGUUGAUAGUGAUACUGCACACAAUGUUUACCACGGUUUGCGACUCUGCACGCCAUUAUAAUUCAUAUUAUUGUGAAAUAUUUCAAGGUUCUCGCAUUGUGUGGAGCGUCAGAAACUAUUUUUUUUAACAGAAA